AUGGCCGGUCCCGGUGGUGGUCCUCCUCGCCGCAGCCACACCAAGUCUCGCAAGGGCUGUGAUACCUGCAAGCGCCGACACAUCCGCUGUGAUGAAAACUUCCCUCAAUGCCGCAACUGUACUAAGCACAAGAUUCGAUGCCCUUACAAUGACGUGCAAGUUCCCGACUCUGAACGCUCUACCACUCCCGACAAGCCCGACCUAAUGUGGACACCUCAAAUCGAAGCUACCAUUGCUGAAUGGCAACGAACAGGCAUCUUCCCGCUCCCCAGCCUUGGAAUUUACCCUGCGCCCAUGCCCCAUUUGUACUCGGUCGAGGAUCUCCGUUUGAUCUACCACGUUGCGGCUUUGUACUACCAACUUGCUACCAUCGAUGCGAACAACUUCACUCUCUGGACUCGCCACAUUCCCACUCUUCUUCGGAUAGGUGCUACAACCCCGUACGUGAUGCACGCUCUGCUUGCCUUCUCUGCCAUGCACAUUGCUUUCCUCACCGACUGUCCUCUGGUCGGCAGCAUGGCCUAUGAACACCGAGGCAUUGCGCUCAAGGGUCUUCAAGAGGCCAUUGGAUCUUUCUCCCGUGAGACUUCCGAUGCUAUCUUGGCUGCCUCCCUAGUCCUUUCUUGGCAGGCCACUGACUGGCGCAGUUGGACUCAACUGAUGCAGGGCACCUCAUCGGUGAUCGAUGCCAUGGAUCCAUGGAAGCACGAAUCCCAGUUUGGAGACUUUAUCGCCGAGAGCAGCACUUUCCCUACGGCCCCGCCAUCUCCUGGAAAGGACCAUCGUCCCAGUCAACCUCGCCCUGAGGAUUUGGAGGCUUACCAGCGCACCCUCGAGCAAGUUCAGAAAGUUGAGGCACAUCUCAAGCACCACAAGGAAGAUACCACUCAGAUUCAGCAUCUCAUUGGCUUCCUUCGAGGUUCUCGUAAGAUCAGCCCUACACUUUCCAUUGCCCAGCAGUUCGAGCGCCUCCAACCUCUUCGCAAAUGGCUCUUUUGGAUGCCUGUCGGUUACCUCCAGAAUUACCAUGGUUCGCCCAACUCCCUGGUCAUAAUUGCUCAUUUGUACACUGUGGCUCUCCUCAUGGAACGACUCUUCCCCGAGAUCGGUGCUGCCUACUUUGGAAGUCUGUCUAUCUCCCCGGUUGAGGAGAUUGCCCGUCGGCUCAUGUCCAUCAAUGUCUCUGGUGCUGGAACUGACAUGCAAACUCCCUUGACUCUCAUGGAGUUCCCCAUCGAUACAGUUGGCCAGUUCCGCUCUCGCAUGGGAUGGAUGCACCCUGAGAGAACUCCGUCAUUCCCUCAGUUCAACCCUCGCAACUUCACUGUCCACGAGAGCAUGCCUUCUACUGAGCACUAUUUGUAUGGGAACCCUGCUUUCAGCUACAGCACUGAGGAAAUGUCAAUACUCAACGCCUCGGGACCGCCACCUUCAGCAGUGAGCCCUCUGGUUCUGUCGCCCUACCCAACUCAGCAGUACCUUAAUGUUCCCUCCCCGGCUUACACUGGAGCUUAUAGCCCGGCAUCCUCGACCUUUGAGGGCUCAGUUGCGUACAGCGACACCGAGGAAUACGGAUCAUGGGACAUGAGCACUCUACAGGGCGGGCCUUCUUCAGCCAUUCAAGACUCCCCUCAAAACUAUGGCGUCGGGUUCGUUACUCCUGUCCAGGCCGUGUGGAUCUAG